UUUGGAACCCUCCCCUUCUUUCAGGAGGCGGAGCCGCGAGGCGAGGUCCAGCUGGCCAGGGCGGAGUGGCGGCGGAAAGCGGCCUCGGGGGCGGCGGCGUGGCGGCGGGGAGGCCAGCGGAGCAGCCAUGGGGCAGUGCGGCAUCACCUCCUCCAAGACCGUCCUCGUCUUCCUCAACCUCAUCUUCUGGGCAGCAGCUGGUAUUUUGUGCUACGUCGGCGCAUACGUCUUCAUCACAUACGAUGAUUACGAUCACUUCUUUGAAGACGUUUACACAUUGAUCCCUGCCGUGGUCAUCAUCGCUGUGGGCACGCUCCUCUUCAUCAUAGGCCUCAUUGGCUGCUGUGCCACAAUCCGGGAAAGUCGCUGCGGUCUUGCAACGUUUGUGAUCAUCCUCUUACUGGUUUUCAUUACUGAAGUUGUGGUCGUCGUCCUGGGUUACAUCUACAGAGCAAAGGUGGAGUUUGAAGUUGAUCACAGCAUUAAGAAAGUAUAUGACACAUACAAUGGGACUAACCCGGAUGCUGCCAGUCGUGCCAUUGAUUAUGUCCAGAGGCAGCUGCACUGCUGUGGGAUCCACAACUACAGUGACUGGGAGACAACGAACUGGUUCAAAGAAGCCAAAAACCACAGUGUGCCCCUCAGCUGUUGCAAAGCCACCAUCAGCAACUGCACGGGAAGCUUGAGUCGCCCUUUGGAUCUUUACGCUGAGGGAUGUGAGGCUUUGGUUGUAAAGAAGCUGCAGGAGAUUAUGAUGUACGUGAUCUGGGCAGCGCUGGCAUUUGCCGCCAUCCAGCUGCUGGGUAUGCUGUGUGCCUGCAUUGUCCUCUGCCGGAGGAGUCGGGAUCCCGCUUACGAGCUGCUCAUCACUGGAGGAACCUAUGCGUAGAAAGCGCAAUCCUAAGCUUGAAUCCCAUUCUUUCCUCUGCGCCAGAAAGGGGGCUUGGCCGGGUCAGCUGCAUCCAUCGGUUGUUGUCUCGCCAACUUUGGCAAAAAAGCACACGUUUCCUAAGCCAGGACAGCUCAGUGCACACACUGGUGAUGGGCAAAAAGCUUGGCUUUUAAUACCCCCCUAAUUACUGUGGCACCCACCCCCCACUCUUUUAGCCAGAUUUCCACAUAUCUGUACAUGUUAGUGACCAAGUAAAUGCUAUUUUUGGAACCGUUUACCAGGAAAAGGCAACAUAAACUAGAGACUUGCCUACACUUGGCAGGUUUCUGCUAGCUGUUUUACUGAUUUGAUUCAUACAUGGAUAUUUUGCAAAACCUUUCGUUUGUUUGGGGUUCUUUUAUUUACUGCUUGCCCCUCACCAGUGUUUGUCUUUAAAAGAAAAAAAAAGCAUUAAAAUCAAGUCCCGAACACUACAAAAUGACUACUAACCAAAAUGUUAGAAUCACAGGACUCCCUUCAAUUUAAAAGGAACGAAUCUUCCGUUAGUGUGUUAAGAGAAAGCAGGCUGGCUUUUUCAGAAUUAUAAACGUAUGCACUACUGUUCUAUAAUGAAUUUAAAUUUUUUUUCUAUGAAGAGGCUGUUCAUGUGUUCAGUGGAUUGUUAUCCUAGAGUAGCAAAAUAGUACGUGGAAGUGAAAUGUAAAUAGGAAACCCUGAUGAAAUAAAUCUUCUGUACAUCUCC